AUGAGGAGCAUUCUCGCAGGCUUAUUCCUUCUUAUUGGCCUGACGUUGGCCUACAUUGUUGAGGUCGACGAUCGCGAUUUCGAAGACGUUGUUUUCGGCCAGCCAGGAAAGUACUCGUUUGUGUAUUUUUAUUCGCCUGGUUGCAUCCACUGCCAGAACUUGGAUCCGCAGUUUGAACCGUUGGGCAACCUGUUUCACGAAACAAAUCUACAGAUCGUUAAGGUGAAUGGCAAAGCAAACAGUCGUCUUCGUAGUAAGUUCCAGCUGAUUGGAUUCCCGACUUUAAAGCUUUUUUCUUUCGAAGGGGAUGAUAUCGGAGCUUACACUGGUCUUCGGACUACUCACAAAAUGGUGGAAUAUUUACGAGACGCUACCGGUGUUCAGCCUAGAUACCCACCCAGAAGUGUUGUAGAUGUGUCUUCUAGCAACAUAGACCAAACGAUACACAAACACACGGACAAAGAUGUUGUGCUUGCAUUUGCUGCUCCGUGGAUCGACGGCUGGGAUGAUCCACAUAGCUCUUAUUACGAGAGACUUGCCCAAUAUUACUCAGAUAAGGUCAAGGAUGGGACGAUAUUUGGAUUGGUUGAUAUCUCCAAGGCUGAGAACAAUCAGCUGAUUUCUCGUUUCCAAGUUACCAAAUAUCCAACAGUUUUCCAUUUCCCAAAAGACAGAUCUGAUAAUGAAAAUAUCUUCAAAUUAGAUCACGACGUUGGUCCGGAGGAAAUCGUGUCACUGCUAAUGGGAACGGACUCGGGACAAACUUCAUUUGUCGUUGGUGGCAGCGGCAUUGAUUACACGGAAGAAUCAGACCUGGAAGAUGAUACCAUCGACAUCCAGUUUAGAGACCUUUAA